AGUUUUGCUCAAGCUCAGGUGCUCCUGAACGCCCAGAGAUGAGGCACGCGCAAGUCUUUCGCUUGCUGCACGCCUUUGGGCCUGUUGGCGUUCUUUGUGCUAGUGGUCAGGCAGCGUUGCCGCGCAGCGUUCGCAUCGACGGGCAGCGCUUCGUCUCUUCCCAGACGGGCGUGCCGAUAGUUUUGGGAGGACCGAACGUGGUCGUCAAAGGUCCACCGUACCUGCCGUCGGUAUCGGGCGACAAGAUCUGCAACGACAUCAGAACUCCAGAAUGCAAAGCCAGUGGCACGUGCACAUCAUGCAGCACGUUCAACCAGGCUGACGUCGACCACAUCAAGUCUAUGGGUUGGAAUUUUAUACGUCUGGGAGUGGUAUGGGCUGGUGCCCAGCCAAAGGAUGCUGAUGUCCUUGACCCUGACUUCCUGCACCGGUUGCAUGCCAUCCUAAAUCUCACUGACGACAACGGCAUCCAUGUCAUGCUUGACAACCAUGGGGACAUGGUUGGCUCAGCAGGGUGUGGGAAUGGAGUGCCAAUGUGGUUUCAGCAGAAGGCGGCUCCAGAGCUGAUCGGCAAGCCACUUCACACAGAUUUCCCAUACACUCUCUUGGCGACAACCUCGAUAUACAAGACGGACGGCUAUGACCACUGUGGGCAAGACGCUGCGAAAUGGGCGGCAUAUGCUGGCGAUCCUAACUACAAUUUGUUAAAUGAGUGCUGCCAGGCACUGAAUUCGCCCAAUCCAGGGGGCCUUGGCUUCACAACCAUCAGUCAAAAAACAAUGGACUACAUGUUUGACGGCGGACCUGGUCGCAAAGACUUCGUUCGCUUCUGGACGCUCAUGGCUCAGGCAGUCAAGGAACACCCCUCAGCUUUUGCAGCCGAGUUGAUGAAUGAGCCCAUGUCCAUCCAUCGCAAGAGCAUGUUUGAUACUUGGCGUGCGUGUGCUGAGUCUAUUCACACCGUCAUACCUGACAUGAGCGUGAGCAUUUGUGACAUUGGGGAGGCAUCCCUUCUCCCAGAUUGGAUCACGGACCUCACCGGUGGUCACGAGGACAUCUCUGAUGAGACAGUGAAGUGGAUCAAGGCUUCGAGCAAUGUGUUCUAUGCUUGGCACUAUGGAAACGCGCCAGCCGCGGUGGAAAAUAUGCAGGCCAUCAGCAAAGAAUGGGACGUGCCGACAUUUGGCACUGAGCUUCAAUGUUCUCAGUUCGAUGCUGCGUCUGCCGCGAACAUAUCCCACAGCUACUGGCAUUAUUCCGCUUACUGCAACACGGACAAUAAGUUCAGGAAUUGGUUCGGCAAUCUGACGGUGCCGACCGAAACAUUCGGAGCAUGUAUUCUAGGGUGGGGUGGCGGCAAUUCUUCGAAUUGCCCCACUUCGCCCAAGGGAACGUCUGUUUUAAUAAUUUAGUAAGCUCGUUUGAAGCAGCUUGACGGAUUGCUCCUGGCGGCUUGGCUCCGUGUCAUUGGCAUAGUCGUCACAACUGAUGUUAUGGUCACCAUUUUCAGCACAAGCGCAUUAUUCACCGUCAUUCGCAGUAGGCUUGUCGAGGGCUGCGACGGCAGCAGUGCCGAUGGCACAGGGGGUCAUGGAGUAGAUGACGGCAGUGAGGACGGCGAUGGCAUUUGUGAUGAUGGCAGCCAUGGCCAUUGCGAUUGUUGCGAUGUGAUUGUCUUGACAGUGCGCCAGGCGUGUUCGAGAGCUUCCUCGGAAGACAGUGUCUGCCAUGCUUGCGGCUGUCGGAACAUGUUGGCACCUGGAGGAGGUCUGAGCCUGAGGAGGGAUAUAGGGUGGGCAGCUUCCAGCCAGCUGCCUCGACCCUCCAGGGGGGCUCUGGGCAUCCAGGACCGCCUCUCGAACACGGAGGAGUGUGUGGUCCCCUCCUUGUCGAAUAUGCGCAGGGGGUGUGUGAUAACGGGGGGCACGAGGGUGCUCUUCCUGACACCGCAACUUUGACACGCCGUGUUGCAUGUUUACAUGCCCACCAGAGAAAGCAAAGAACUGCACUACGCGUUUUGGGCCUGGUUGCUGUUCGUAGGCAGUCAUCCGUGGCAAGCGCAGCGGACGCGCGAUCAUUUUCCGACCCACGAUCCGCGCGCCUCAGCGAGAAUAUAAUAAGAAUUUUCGAGCUGGCCUAACUCUGACAUGUCUCGAGCGUGAACAACAGCCUGCCAUCCCUCACCCCAGAUAUUGCGAAGACGACGACGGCGACCGAGGAAGAA